AUGGAUUGGCUGACGAGAGGAGCUGGAAUUGACGAGGCUUUGGCAGGCUUCGUUGCUGAAAGCCAGCCUUUCUGCGACUAUUUAAUUGCCGCGGCGAUAAAAACGAAGCGAUGUCUCAUCCACCGCGUGUGGCUGGAUUCUGCUGACGCUCGCCAAGCCUUCAAACGCAGCAACCGACUCGACACUUGGACUGGCUACGACGUCAUUCUCCCAGAGUCGUCAUCCACGUCGUCGUCGACACCGUGCUCGUCACCGAUUGCCACUAAGCGGAACCCGGACGCCAGUCGACACCGGAAAACGCAGUCGGGAGUGUCGUGGUGGCAGCGAAGACCGGGGCUCGGCGCGGGAGAGACAUCUGGAUCACAUCCGGGGAAACGGAGGUCAUCGUUUCGUGACCGGAAUUCUCCCGUAGGGAAACCCGAGGAUUUUGCGCAACGAGCGAGAAGAGUUAUUCAGAAAAUCGCGUCGGUGGAUUCGGAAAAGGUCAACAGUCUGAUCGAGGACGUGAAGAAACUCAAGCCCGAGUACCAACGUUUGCUGCUAAGUACUCUCCAACCCCUCGCGACGCAAGUAAAAUCCACUGGAAACUCAUCCAACGCCUCCUCCACUCCUAAUUCUGCAAGAAAAGAAGCACUCAGUCCUUGGGUCGAAAACGAGUUUGACGAAUUGGCAAGACGCAUUUCGGAAGCAGCUUUAAACUCGGCCCUCGCUGACGAAUCCUUCCUCGCUUUACUUGGCGACACUUGCUGUCCAUGUCCAAUAAACGGAACCCGGACGCCAGUCGACACCGGAAAACGCAGUCGGGAGUGUCGUGGGAAACCCGAGGAUUUUGCGCAACGAGCGAGAAGAGUUAUUCAGAAAAUCGCGUCGGUGGAUUCGGAAAAGGUCAACAGUCUGAUCGAGGACGUGAAGAAACUCAAGCCCGAGUACCAACGUUUGCUGCUAAGUACUCUCCAACCCCUCGCGACGCAAAUAAAAUCCACUGCAAACUCAUCCAACGUCUCCUCCACUCCUAAUUCUGCAAGAAAAGAAGCACUUAGUCCUUGGGUCGAAAACGAGUUUGACGAAUUGGCAAGACGCAUUUCGGAAGCAGCUUUAAACUCGGCCCUCGCUGACGAAUCCUUCCUCGCUUUACUUGGCGACACUUGCUGUCCAUGUCCAAUAAGUACCGCGGAAUCCCUGUUCGAUCAUCAUCAUCAGCAGCAGAGACACACACUGGUUAUUCGACCACCUUACGACCCUUUCUCUCCGGACGAAGACGAGAGCGACACCUGUUCAACAACGUCAGAGUCUUCGGCUGACGGUGCCGCGAGCAAUAAGGCAUUAACGCUUAGGGAUUUGGUGAGCGUCGCUGCCGGGACGUUGUGUGAUUUGGUGCGAGUCAGAAGAGUCAUUGUUGGACCCAGUGAAAACCCGCAGGAAGUGGGAUUAGCUGGAUCUAAUUCCGCUGACGUGGGAGUGAUUCCUUGGGUUUGCCAAAUACCAGACACUUUUUCAAGUAAUUUGAGUCGAGAUGGAAGUCAGAAGAAUAAAUCCAGGCGAACUUCAGCAUCCUCUUAUGUUGUCACUCCUUUAGCAGCACUGAUUUUUCUGCUGCAUCCCGAAGGAGGUGUGAUACGAAGCAUCCGAUUCUGGAAUUACUGGUCUCGUGAAGAGGGCUUUGAGGCAGGUGCAAAACGUAUCCACGUGACACUCAACGGUCGCAAGGUUGCGCUGUGUGAUCUGCCAUCUGCUUCUGAAAUAUCUGGUGCGACAUCUACCGAAGAUUUUAGUAACGGUGAGUUAAGCCUGCCAUUCGCUGUUUUGCAAAUGUGGUCCGGGAACGACGCGCCUUCAUUGUCAGACUCGUCAUCGUCGGUUGGCCCCGCUGACGACGGUUACUCCAGCGGGAUCAAUCAUCUGAUAGCCACGAUGCACAGCAACGCAGCCCAGAUGGGGCUGAAGAGACAAGUGCCCCAAGCCCUGGACGCCGGGUUGCGGGGCAGCACUGGGUCCCUGCCCAGGUGGUUCGAGGACAUCUCGUUGUCUUCGAGGCCCAAGUCACAGAGCUCAGUGAACCACGAAUGCUACAAUUCUACAAAUGGAGAAUUGUCCGGAAGAGGAGGAAUUCCACCCGAGCUCGGAAUGGAUCUAGACUUCGAAGAGUGCGGACCGUUAAACCGGAGCAUCUCUUUCCAGAAUGUGGAAAUGUUGAGGGAGCAGCAGCACCACCCCCACCACCACACCCACUACCCGAGCAACGACCAGGGCAAUAACAAACCACGACCCGGCUCCAACCGACCCCAGCGACCGGAAAGGGUCAGUUCCGCCCGUUACGGCCGCAGAGCCAUUUCCGCCACACCUGCCAGUCGCGCGGCGCCGCUGCUGCCGCCCUCUUCCCUGCACCUCCUGCAACUCGACGGCCAGACUCCGUCGACGCUGCAGUCGUCGUCGGCGUCGUCGUCGUCGAGACCGGCGUCGUCAUCGCCGUCGCCGUCGUCGUCGGGUCUCGUCGCAGCUCCGUGGCUCACGUUUCGUCGGGGAUCCGUGCCGCCUAAUUUGAGAACCGUGGACGACACUCAGCAUCAUCAUAAUCAAUCGUCGUCCCCGGGCGACGACGAGGAAAGAGACUUUCUGAGUUCGGCGGGGGGUCGUCGUGACGAUGAUUUUGCCCUGGAGCUGGAGGAGUCGUGGAAUUCCUUGGCCAGCUUCAACAUGACCCAACGCGGUCGAUUGUGUUUUGGGGUCUCGGAAGGGGAUGCGAUGGAAAUGUAUGCAAACCAGGCCAGGGGAAACAAGCCUUUGUCCCAGUCAAACAGCAACGACGACGGGGAAGGAUUCAUUAUACCGGAACUGCCCAAGGGGAAAAUCCUGACACUGAACAUCAAGACCACUUGGGGUGACAACCAUUACGUCGGCCUUAAUGGCAUCGAAGUGUUUUCGAGUCAAGGAAGCAGUGUUGAAAUUGCUCGGAUUUGGGCGAAUCCUGCAGACAUCAACGUCUUGCCCGAGUACAGCAAGGACCCCAGAGUGGUGAAGAACUUGAUGGACGGGGUUUAUCAAACCCAUGACGACUUCCACGUUUGGUUGGCGCCAUUCACUCCAGGGAAGGAACACCUCGUUUGUCUCGAAUUCAAAAAGCCAGAUUCCAUCGCCUUAAUCAGAAUAUGGGGCACAUUACCAUCAAUUAGGAGUGUUGUGGGAGGUGGAAGAAGAGGAAGAAUGGACCCCAGCAGACUCAUGAGCACAUUCCUCAGUGGGGGCGACAAGGAAUUUCCCGCCCUCUGCGCAGCCAUGACAGUUUGA